AUGGCAGUGUCUCUAUACACUGGUUACUUGCUGUACCCGGGAUACAGUGAAUAUGCCAUACUAAAAUACAUAACGGAGACUCAAGGAGAACUCCCAGAGCAAAUGUUAAACUAUGGGCAAAAGACUGCAAAGUAUUUCUGCAGGGAGUUCAAUUCCGACAACAUCUACCACUGGAAACUCAAGACAACUGAACAAUAUUUCCAGGAGUUUGGGAUUGAGUUUGUUGACAAAAGAGUUAAAAAAUUGAAGUCGCUGGAUGAACUCUUAUAUACCGAGAUCAUUGAAGAUGAGGAUUAUGCAGAUGCAACUGCAAAAAGGUGUGAUAUCCUGAUGUUUGUAGAAAUGGACUUUGAGGCAGUGUGGGACAGCUCCCUGCACAACUCCCUCCUGCUCAACCGCAUCACUCCCUAUGGAGAGAAGAUCUACAUGACCUUAUCUGCGUAUCUGGAGCUGGACCAUUGCAUCCAGCCUGCCAUUAUCACCAAAGACCUCUGCACGGUCUUUUACUCCCGAGACGCCAAGAUUUCCCCACCCCGUUCUCUCAAGAACCUCUUUGGGACUGGAUACUCCAAAACUCCUGACUGCAACCGAGUGACUGGGAUCUACGAGCUGAGCUUGUGUAAGACGUCUGACACUGGAAGCCCAGGUGUGUGGGUGCAGUCAUGGCAGGCACUUUCAGCUCUGGUGAGUGUGGCCUUGCCAGCUACCGGUCACACCCAGGAAUCUCCACACACACCUGGCGCCGAUCUAGCUUCAUCAGAGGAGCUUCAAAACAGUGUGGCUGAGAGCUCCUCAACGCUGGAUCGAGGAAUUGUGGAGACCAGGAAGCAGCACACGGACAGUACACAGGGAACGGUGACAGAGCACGGAGCACGGGUUAAAGGAGAAGGCACGGAACAGGAGUCGGGAUCGCACAGGGGAUUUAUUGUUGCUUGGAUUUACACCACUGUAAAUAAACGCACUGCCUUCAUCAUCAAGUCCUGCAUUUUGGGUCCUCAUUCCUCUGACAGCUUCUGA